AUGCCUCCGGUGGCGGGUUUUUUCCUUUCGAUCUCCGUUGGUGUGGCACUCGCCUUGGAUGCCUCCCUGAUGCCUCCUGAUCACAACAAGACCGAGGAAGGGGCCCGCUUGUUCGCAAACGCUUAUAACACUACCGGGGAAAUUGUGUUCUUCGAAAGCAUCUCCGCCAGCUGGAAUUACAACACCAACCUGACAAACCACAACGCUCAGCAGCAGCAAGUACUAUGGAGAAAAAACAAACAAAUAAAGUUUAACAUAUGCACCAAAUGUCUUUGUCUUCCACUCCUAUUACAGAUAACAGCUUCUUUGAAGGAGCAAGAAUUCACAGAGCUUUGGGGGGGGAAAGCUAAGGACAAUUAUGGCAAAAUCUGGCAGAACUUUAGUGAUCCACAACUCAAGAAAAUAAUCAGCUCCAUUCAGACCUUGGGUCCUUCUAAUUUACCAAUGCAGAAACGGAAAGAGUAUAAUACUAUUCUAAGUGAGAUGGACAACAUCUACUCUGUUGCCAAGGUUUGUCUACCAAACCAGAACUCCCACUGCUGGGCUUUAGAGCCAGAUAUUACAGAAAUUAUGGCCACUUCUCAUAGUUACAGGAAGUUGCUUUAUGCCUGGGAAGGAUGGCAUAAUUCUGCUGGCAAUCCUCUGAGAUCCAUGUAUGAGAAAUUUGUUUCCCUGAGCAACGAAGCCUAUAAAAUGGAUGGAUUCCAAGAUACUGGGGCUUAUUGGCGCUCCUGGUAUGAUUCACCAACAUUUAAGGAAGAUCUAGAGCAACUCUAUCAACAGUUGGAGCCUCUCUAUCUAAAUCUCCAUGCAUAUGUCAGAAGGAAACUAUAUAACCAAUAUGGCUCUAAAUACAUAAACCUGAAAGGCCCUAUUCCUGCUCACUUAUUGGGUAACAUGUGGGCCCAGCAAUGGAACAACAUUUACGACAUGAUGGUGCCUUUUGCAAAUAAGCCACAUCUAGAUGUUACCAAUACCAUGAAGCAGAAAAACUGGAACGCAACACACAUGUUCCGGGUGUCGGAAGAAUUCUUCACCUCACUUGGCAUGUUUGAAAUGCCACCUGAAUUCUGGGAGAAAUCCAUGCUGGAGAAACCGACAGAUGGGCGGGAGGUGGUGUGCCAUGCAUCAGCAUGGGACUUCUUCAAUCGCAAAGACUUCAGGAUAAAGCAGUGUACAACAGUUACUAUGGAGCAGCUCUUUACAGUACACCAUGAAAUGGGUCACGUUCAAUAUUACUUGCAGUAUAAGGACCAGCCAGUAAGUUUUCGCAGUGGGGCCAACCCUGGCUUUCAUGAAGCCAUUGGAGAUGUCAUGAGUUUGUCUGUUUCUACCCCCAUCCAUCUCAAGAAAAUUGAGCUGCUCACCCAUGUCACUGAAGACAGAGAGAGUGAUAUCAAUUAUCUUCUGAAAAUGGCCCUGGAAAAGAUUGCCUUCCUACCCUUUGGCUAUCUAAUUGAUCAAUGGCGGUGGGAUGUCUUCAGUGGACGCACCCCUCCGAGCCGCUACAAUUUUGAUUGGUGGUACCUAAGAACAAAAUAUCAAGGAAUUUGUCCUCCUAUUGCAAGAAAUGAAACAAACUUUGAUCCUGGGGCUAAAUAUCACAUCCCUGGCAACACACCUUAUAUCAGGUACUUUGUCAGUUUUAUUCUGCAAUUCCAAUUCCACAAGGCCCUUUGCCAAGCUGCCAACCAUACUGGUGAUCUUCAUACAUGUGACAUCUAUAACUCUAAAGAAGCUGGACAGAAACUCAGUGAGGCAAUGAAGGCUGGAUCUUCCCAGCCUUGGCAAGAUAUUCUCCAACAACUGACUGGUACAAAUAAGAUGGAUGCUUCAGCAUUGCUUGAAUAUUUCAAACCAGUUAUUGAAUGGCUGCAAAAAGAGAAUGGGAAGAACAAUGAAACACUGGGCUGGCCAGAAUUUGAUUGGCGUCCACCUGUCCCUGAGGGCUAUCCAGAAGGCCUUGAUAAAAUAACUGAUGAAGCUGAAGCUAAAGCAUUCUUAGAAAAGUAUAACAGCACAGCUGAAGUGGUGUGGAAUGCUUACACAGAGGCUUCUUGGACAUACAAUGUCAAUAUUACUGAACACAACAAACAGAUUAUGUUGGAGAAGAAUCUCGCAAUGUCAAACCAUACUCUGCAAAAUGGAUUAAAGGCUCGGCAGUUUGAUUCCACUGACUUCAAAGAUCCCAGAAUAAAGCGUAUUCUGAAGAAAUUAAGUGACAUUGAACGGGCAGCCUUACCUGAAGCAGAACUGAAGGAGUAUAAUCAACUGCUCUCAGAAAUGGAGACAAUUUAUAGUGUAGCCAAAAUCUGUGAAAAAGAUACAGACUGCAAAGCAUUAGAUCCUGACCUUACAGAUACUAUGGCUAAAUCAAGAGACUAUGAUGAGCUUCUUAACACCUGGAAAGGUUGGCGGGAUGCAUCAGGGAAGAAAAUCCGAAGACACUAUGAGAGAUAUGUACAUCUGAGCAAUAAGGCUGCCAAAUUAAAUGGACAUGCAGACAACGGUGCUUACUGGAGAUCUCUUUAUGAAACUCCAACUUUUGAAACUGACCUGGAGAACAUUUGGUACCAGCUUCAACCACUAUACUUCAAUCUGCAUGCUUAUGUACGUCGGGCUCUAUACAAAAAAUAUGGCGAAAAGCGCAUCAAUCUCAAAGGCCCAAUUCCAGCUCAUUUGCUAGGUAACAUGUGGGCACAAUCAUGGGCAAAUAUUUUUGACCUUGUCAUGCCCUUCCCUGAUGCUACCAAAGUGGAUGCUACUCCAGCAAUGAUACAACAGGGCUGGACCCCAAAGAAGAUGUUUGAACAAUCUGACAGUUUCUUCCAGUCACUGGGGCUUAUCCCUAUGCCGCCAGAGUUCUGGGAAAAGUCUAUGCUGGAAAAGCCAUCAGAUGGGAGAGAAGUGGUCUGUCAUGCUUCAGCCUGGGACUUCUACAAUCGCAAGGACUUUAGGAUAAAACAAUGCACUGUUGUGAAUAUGGAUGAUUUAAUAACAGUUCACCAUGAAAUGGGACACGUCCAAUACUUUUUGCAGUAUAAAGAUCAGCCCAUUUCAUUUCGUGAUGGGGCAAAUCCAGGAUUCCAUGAAGCCAUUGGCGAUGUUAUGGCCUUAUCAGUGUCAACCCCAAAGCAUUUGAAAAACAUCAAGCUGCUUGAACAUUUGGAAGACAACACUGAGAGUGAUAUCAACUACCUUAUGAGCAUGGCACUGGAUAAGAUUGCUUUCCUGCCCUUUGGCUACCUGAUCGACCAAUGGAGAUGGAAAGUAUUUGAUGGGCGUAUUCCAAAAAAGGAGUACAAUCAACAAUGGUGGAAUCUCAGAUUGAAAUACCAGGGUUUAUGUCCUCCUACACCAAGAUCAGAAGAAGAUUUUGAUCCAGGAGCAAAAUUCCACAUUCCUGCUAGUGUCCCAUAUGUCAGAUACUUUGUCAGUUUUAUAAUCCAAUUUCAGUUUCACCAAGCUCUGUGCAAAGCUGCUGGCCAUACUGGACCUUUAUAUAAAUGUGACAUUUACCAGUCUAAAGAAGCUGGGAAAAUCUUAGGGGAUGCCUUGAAGCUGGGCUUCAGCAGGCCGUGGCCUGAUGUCAUGCAAAAUAUUACAGGGCAAUCCAACAUGUCUGCUGAAGCUUUGCUGACCUAUUUUGAACCACUGACAAAAUGGCUCAUUGAAAAGAACAGGCAAAAUAAUGAAACUCUGGGCUGGCCUGAAUACACCUGGCAGGCUUAUGCAGAUGAAACAGAAGUCAAUUUCCUUGGGAUGUCACUGAGCAGCAGUCAAAUAGAAACAGGACAGUGGAUCUUGCUUGCAAUUGGGCUUAUACUUCUUAUUACCACAAUAGUCUUGGGUGUCAAAUACUUCAUAACAAGAAGGAAAGGCUUCAAGUCUGGUUCAGAAAUGGAAUUGAAAUGAAUUGAAAUGUCUUUAACCUGUUUUCUAUUACGCCUCCCCCCAUAUGAGAGUGAAAAAGAGUUGAAGAAAAUUUUGUAUGUAUAAAUGUGUGGCUGAAUGAGAGAGACCAGAUAUAUCUGCAUUUAGAAUAGAAACUAAUAUUGGUUUUGUGAGUGUGUAUGUAUAUGUAAGAUAGGUUUGAGUGUCCCUGGAGAGAAUGUGAAUAUGUUGAAUUGCAUACAUGUUCUAUAUAUGCUAAUAUGCAAAUAUAUGGUUGGGGAGAAUAUGUGUGUAUCCUAUUUGCAAUGAAUAAUUGGAAUGUGGAUAGCUAUGCAUUUGUGUUCACUUACACAGUUGGGGACACUCUCAUGAGGGACAGCCUUGUAGAAACAGGGCAAAUGUGCCAACAAAACUACUUGACUCUUCUAAUAAAUUCAACAAACUUUUUGAUUAUGCAAGAGCCAAAGCAAAACCAUUUAUUUAUUAUAAAUAAUAUCUGGAUUUUUAACAAAGGGAAAAGAAGGGGGGGAAAAAGGAAGCAGAGUGAUCCAAUUGGGGUAAUGGGAAUAGCCGGACUAUUUAAAUCACUGUUGACCCAAUGCCUUUCUUCACAUAUUCAUUUGAAGAGCUGGUAAAUUCUAUCAGGCUUUCUGUAACUCAGGCAGAGAAUAUAUUAUCUAGCAAGAGCUGUGCUAGAUUUCUUCAGAAGUUGAACAGAUGUUGUAUGUAAUCAUGCCACAAAGUUUUUAAAGGACUGUUUUGGUGCAUGAAUGACAAUUAAAAUGUAUCACAGUCUCUGUA